AUGGCCCUGGUGACUCUGCAGCGCUCUCCCACCCCCAGUGCAGCAUCCUCGGCCAGCACGACCAACAGCAGUGCGGGGGAGGAUUUUGGAAGCGACGAUGACAGGAAAAAUAACCAGAGCCUCAGCGAGAGCUUCUUCAUGGUCAAAGGAGCCGCCCUCUUCCUCCAGCAGGGCGGCGGUGCACAAGGACCAAAGACCCCGACCCACCACAAACAUGCAGGUGAUUUACCUCAGCACCUGCAGGUCAUGUUUAAGGUCCUCCGGUCUGAAGAUCGCAUUAAGCUGGCCGUGCGGUUGGAGAGCGGAUGGUCGGAUCGAGUGCGCUACAUGGUCGUUAUCUACACCAGCGGCCAUCAGGACACGGAGGAAAACAUCGUCCUGGGAAUGGACUUCACCGACAAAGACAGUAAAAAUUGCUCCAUCGGGAUGGUGCUGCCGCUGUGGAGCGACACCAACAUACAUUUAGACGGAGAUGGAGGCUUCAGUGUGAACACAGCAGGGCGGUCGCAUGUCUUCAAGCCUGUUUCUGUGCAGGCCAUGUGGUCCGCCCUGCAGGUCCUCCACAAGGCAUGCGAGGUGUCGCGCCGGUUCAACUACUUCCCAGGGGGCAUCGCUCUCACGUGGAUGGCCUUCUACGAGAGCUGCAUCACCUCGGAGCAAAGCUGCAUCAAUGAGUGGAACGCUAUGACCGACCUGGAGACCACCCGGUCGGACUCUCCCACCAUGUUCGUCGACCGGCCGACUGAGCGAGAGAGGACGGAGUGUCUCAUUAAAGCCAAAUUACGCAACAUCAUGAUGUUCCAGGACCUGGAAAACAUCACCUCCAAGGAGAUCCGUAACGAGCUGGAGCAGCACAUGAGCUGCAACCUCAAAGAAUACAAGGAGUUCAUAGACAACGAGAUGCUUCUGAUCCUCGGCCAGAUGGACAAGGCCACGCUCAUUUUUGAUCACGUUUAUUUGGGCUCUGAGUGGAAUGCUUCUAACCUGGAAGAGCUGCGGGACUGUGGGGUGGGUUACAUUCUGAAUGUGACCAGAGAGAUCGACAACUUCUUCCCGGGGAUGUUCUCUUAUCACAACGUCCGAGUUUACGACGAGGACGCCACCGACCUGCUGGCUCACUGGAACGACACCUACAACUUUAUUGUCAAAGCCAAGAAGAAUAAUUCAAAGUGCCUGGUGCACUGUAAGAUGGGGGUGAGCCGGUCUGCCUCUACAGUUAUUGCCUAUGCAAUGAAGGAGUACGGCUGGUCUCUGGAGAAAGCCUACAACUUUGUCAAGCAGAAACGGAGUAUAGCUCAGCCAAACGCUGGCUUCAUGAGACAGCUGGCAGAAUAUGAGGGAAUCCUGGACGCCAGCAAACAGCGUCACAACAAGCUCUGGAGGCCCGAAACAGACGAGGAGGGAGCAGAUGAUUUGCAAGCGUCCGGCCACUGUACCGGUGGAGAGGAGAUGCCAGUGCUCAGAGAGGAGGCCUGGGGAGGCUGCGGGGCGUCUCCCUGCAGGGGCAUGGGUCUGGAGAUGGAGCCCCUCGACUCUCUCAACUAUAAUUAUUACUUCAGGCGUUUGUCAGACUCUGCACUCGACAGUGAGCCCUCCACCCCAGUGCGAGGUCCCCCUCUGCUAGGUAUGGAGAGGGUUUUCAUUGAGAUUGAAGACGUGGAAAGAGAUGCCCUGCUGGAGGAUGAAGGUUUCCCCAUGGCCCAUCUAGCCCUACCCGGGGAGGGCACAGCAGCUCAGACCUGCGGGCGCCUUGAUCCCCUGGAGGACAUGAGGCUGAGGCUCGAGUUCAGCACUUUGGAGGAAGAGGAUGAGGAAGAAGCCAAGAAAGAGGAAGCUGAGAUGGCAGCCUUGGCUCAAACCCCUGGAAAUUCAGAUGCGAAGGAGGCUGAGAGAAGCGAGGAGAGCCGGUUAGGCUUAGCCAAUCUGAACACCAACAACAGCAACCGUCUUGCCGCCAAACGCAGCUGUCCCGCAGCUUUUGAUGACAGUGCUAGUACAGGAAACCCUUUAAAAGUGAAGCCUUCCUACCAGUCCUGUAAAGACUGCAUGCGUCUACCACAAGGGCGGCGCUGUGACCGUCCAGCAGGAGGCCGCUCCCACCGCCUUAACCCCUCCCGCCACUGCACCGUCCCCUCCAUAUGCAUAGAUCCGCCCGGGACAAAUUUUGCUUCCACCCCUCUUCUGCAGUCUCUGCCGACCCCUUCAGUCGCCCCACCUAACCUGGUCCAGCCCUGUGCUCAUCUGUACCGCUGUGCCACCUGCACCCCGAGCGUCGCAUCAGUACCACUAACCAACCAACAGAAACUGGCCUCGCCCAUGAACUGUGAGGAGACGCCUCCUGACCGCAGCUCAGUGGAGACGGAGGACAUGGACGAACCACAGGGGGGCGACGUGGGAGAGCAGGUGCUAAGGGAGAGCGCCGAGGCCAUCGACGCCACUGAACCUGGUGGUUUAGUGGAGCUCCCGCAGCAGGCUCUGGCUCUACAAAUGCCAGGACUGGGGAUAGAGUUUGGUCUGGAACUGAUGCGACAAAGGGCAGAGCAGCUUGAGAAGAUGCCAAGCCUGGCCAUGGAGGGCCAGCUCCCAGUCGGGCCUCUGCCUUAA